ACUUUGAAACAGAGCGUUCAGCUCGAUCGCGGUUUUCAUAUCCAAUUAAGGGAUUGGACACAAGCCACUGGUCCGAUACCGCCAAAUUUCUUUUCCGCGGUCACCGAGGUUGCUGGCAACCCUCUGGGCCGCUCAUGCUUCUCUGCUCCUUCGCUAUCGCACUUCUACUCUACACGUAUUGACAUUUCAAGAUUGAAAGCCUGAGUUACUGAGCCAGUGCACUGCCGAUAUUUGAUUUCCGAUCAAUCCCAUCGACAGUGGUAACUGUCGUGCGACCACAGAACGGCAGAGUCGAGCCACAGCCACUCUUAACAGACGAUUCUUGAUAGACACCGCUCAUUGCCCCACCAAUCGAAGCUUGUUGGGUGGUCCCUGCUUUGUACGUCCGAUCAGAGCGGCCUUGAUUAUGCCAGAUGAAACGGGGAACACGAGCAAGUCUGCCACAGGAUCUUCGCAAAUGCGGUGGCAGUUCAUCGACGCUUCUGACAAUAGCCGGAGAACCUUGACCCAAGUGAAACGCCAUGUAAUGCAAGAAUAUAUGCGCCAAAAGCGCUCCGCCGCAGGACAGUCUGUAGUGGAACCUGGAGGAACUGCCCUGGAGAGUGGGGAUCAAGAGCAGAAACCACGUCGACAACCCAGGGCCAGUGGCUGGACCGAGGAUGCACGUGAGAGCCGAAGGGAAGGUUCUCAUGAUGGCGACAAAUCUGAGGCUUACCAGCAGUAUAAUGCUCGAUUUAUCUCCGAGCACUCACCCAAGCAGCAUGAGCUGAAGGAGAUCGAGGAUACCCAAAUCUCAGGGACUGUGAGCUAUCCAGUCACCGACCCAGUUAAUGUGCUACCUUACAGAGACAUACGUUUCCAAAGCCAUGUCCAUCCUUCAUCGAACCCUCCAAGGAGAUAUCCAGCCUGGUCCCAAAGCAGCAACUCGGACACCGGCACCAUGACACCAUCGUCCUCCGCUCCGACAUCCCCAGUCGACAUGGCGUUGUCUCCCAAAACCGUCCUCAGUGCCGCACGUACCGACCCUUUCAACACUUUGCCUCUGGAGCUUGAUCUCGAAGGCCAGAGACUAUUCGAUUUCUAUGUCAAUGAAAUGCCUGCUUGCUCGUACGGUUCCCAUUUCCGAUCACGAAAGGCGCAUAAUUGGUAUACAGCGGUGUUUGUGCCAGAAGGGAUGAAGGGUCCGGUGGCGUUUCAGAAUACCAUUCUCGUCCACGCAGCCAACACUUGGGUUUGGGUUCGCAACGAAGAGCCGGAUGAAUCUGCCCUUGUUCAUCGGGCUCGUGCCAUUUCCAUGCUUCGAGAACACAGGGAACAUAACCCCGGGGACUUUUCCGACGAGGUGAUCAUAGCGUGUCUCAGCGCUGCAGGGCUUGAAGACUUUGAUCCUCGUCCAGGCCACAAGGAAAUCAGUUGGCUUCAUAUGCGGGCUGCAAGGGAGAUGAUCCGAGCCCGUGGGGGACCAUCGGCUUUUGAAAAUACGCGGCUAGGCAUGCUUAUCAAUUGGCAAGAUUAUAUCCUAUCAGGGUAUGAGACUGAAGGGCCAAGCUUUUUCUUCGAGUACGAUCCUCCACAUACGCGGCCAACAGCGCCCUACGUCCAAUCGCUCGCUCCGAACCCGGUGUUCCCUCAGACUGCAUCAUACAUUACAUCACUUACCGAGCAAAGUACCACGCACCACCGUCCCCUCUCCCCACAGGAAGAAAUUCAAUCUCAAUGUACCGAGUUCCUCGACUUUCUCAAACGCUGUGAGCAGAAUUCUAUCUAUCAGCGAAAUGUGAUCGGCCCAACGAUGGCACCGAUUCGUCAUGCCGCCUUUGGGGAAAACUCGCUACUACACCGGAUACUUGCAGCGCCUCCCGGGCUACGAUUUACAGCCUCUGGCAACCGCAAGCAAUUCGUGGCACGGCUGGUCGCGCUGAUCAUUCUCAAUGCUGGUCUGUGGGAUUACCGGAACUCUGUCUGGCGUAGCGAGACCUUCCUCAGGACUUUGGAGCAGGCUGUCUUGGACAGUGAAGUCAACACCAGCGGCUCGGUUGAAGCACUGCUGCAAAUAUUGCUUGAGUGCGAUGAUGGUGUGCUCAGCUUCACUGAGGGCGCAUCUCAUUUGCGUCUCCACACUGACGUACCGGACUUCACCCAAUAUUCACCCACUGCGCAGACCCAAUACGGCCGGCCGUGGUUCGCAGGCCGGAUGCUCAAAGUAGCCAAGCGGCUCAGCUUCGACACCUGGAUGAAUGUGAACUACUUUCUUUUCUCCUGUCUCACGUUGCAAACCAGUGUACCCUCUGUUUCGUUUUGGGAGAACGACUUGCUGCAAGAGAUUCUAAGUGCGCCACUCACCAAUUAUGUGAUGCCAUCUCUGCAAUGCCAAUGAUUCCCGACGGUAGUGUGCCCUCUGCAAUGCCCCUCUGCUUUUUAUCCCUGCUGUGCAAUUCCAGCGCAUGCUGCAGGCCUGGACCCGGUCUGUAAUCGUGAUCGUUUUCAUUCCCUGUCGUCUUCAUUGACAAGGCUUUGUUUAAUACCUCUAGGCUGAAAUGCAUCAUUGCAUAUUUCCUAUCAUUUUGGUCAUGGAU